UACGUAUUUUCCCUUUAUUAUAGAAAAGGGUCUCUCUCUCUCUCUCUCUCUCUGUUUUCAUCUCAAAUCCCUUUCAAUUUGAUCUCUCCUCCGCCCGCUCUCUCUCUCUCUCUCUUCCAUGGCGAUCGCUUCGGAGAAGGAGGCUUCAGAUGUUUCUGCAGUAGCACAGAAGAGAUGGAAUCUGAAUGAUUUCGACAUUGGAAAGCCUCUUGGAAGAGGCAAGUUUGGCCACGUUUAUCUUGCUCGAGAGAAGCGGAGCAACCACAUUGUCGCCCUUAAGGUUCUUUUCAAGACACAGCUUCAACAAUCUCAAGUUGAGCAUCAGUUAAGGAGAGAAGUUGAGAUUCAGUCUCAUCUUCGUAACCCCAAUAUACUCCGCCUCUAUGGUUACUUCUAUGAUCAGAAAAGGGUUUAUUUGAUACUUGAGUAUGCUGCUAGAGGCGAGCUUUACAAGGAGCUUCAGAAAUGCAAAUACUUUAGCGAGAGACGAGCUGCUACUUAUGUUGCCUCGUUGGCGAGGGCUCUCAUCUAUUGCCAUGGCAAGCAUGUGAUACACAGAGAUAUCAAACCAGAAAACCUGUUAAUCGGUGCUCAGGGUGAGCUCAAGAUUGCAGACUUUGGUUGGUCAGUGCACACAUUUAACCGCAGAAGGACAAUGUGUGGCACGCUCGAUUACCUUCCUCCUGAGAUGGUUGAAAGCGUAGAACAUGAUGCAAGUGUAGAUAUCUGGAGCCUAGGGAUUCUCUGUUACGAGUUCCUUUAUGGAGUGCCUCCUUUUGAAGCCAUGGAGCACUCUGACACAUACAGAAGGAUUGUGCAAGUCGACCUCAAGUUCCCUCCUAAACCGAUUGUGUCUGCAUCUGCAAAGGAUCUAAUUAGCCAGAUGCUUGUCAAGGAGUCUGCACAACGUCUGCCAUUGCACAAACUUCUCGAGCACCCGUGGAUUGUGCAGAACGCUGAUCCUUCUGGAAUCUACAGAGGUUGAAAACGAAACAGCUUUGUGACGUCUCUGUUCUAACGCUUCUGUUCUUGGCAAUCUCGAGCCAAACUGUAUUUUUUUUUUCAAAUCACCAUUGUGUAGGUGUAAGAAUCUUCCAUCUUCUUUUCCUAAUUCAUGUUUCAAUACGUGUAUCCUAAGCAAAUUCAUUUGUGUUAUUAUUAUCAAUUGAUAUUCUUCAUCA